AUGUGCUACUACAAGCCCAACAAACCGCCCUGCACCUGCCACUUCCUCCAACUGGUCCAACCCUGCGCCAAGGCAGUGCUCUACCCAUCGCCGAACGAAAACCCCGCGCCGCUGAUCCAAGUCUGUCCCGAACAGCUCAUUGCUCGCGGCGUCGGACAGAGACAUUGCGUCGCGUGCUGUGGGCUCUUCUCCCCGCUGGACGACGACAUGGCGCUGCGGAUGUACAACACGGCCAAUCUGACAAACCCUGGUGGUUUGAAAGCGGAGGAGAUCGAUGCUGCUCGCUUUAUGAUAAGGUCGCCUUCGCCGUUUCCGGGGCAGAAUAAUAAUAGUGUUAGUGUGUUGAAGAGGGAGGAAGAUCGGGUGGUGGCUUCCGGUGUUGGUGGUGGUGCUUCUGGUGGUGGUGCUGCUGGUGGUGCUGGUGGUGGUGCUGCUGCUGGUGAGGGGAUCAUGGCUACGGCUGCGCCUGCGGCGCUGAUGGCUCCUUCGUUUCAGGGGAUUAUUGGUGCUUCUGGGGGGUUGGGGGAUUUUGGGAUUCAGGGUCUGGAUACGGUCAUGGAAGAAGCGUUUGAGGGUAUUGGAGAGGAGGAUUGGUUGAAGUUUUUGACGAGUGAGUUGAGUUCACCGAUUCGGGAGGCUGGUGGUGAGGGUGGGAAGAAGGAUGGGGCGAAGGGUGGGCAAUGA